AUGGACGACGGCGGAGUCCAGGCGAGAAGGGCCUGGAAAAUCUCAAAAGGAGGCGGAGGGACAAUAUCAGAGCAGCCGAUGAACACUGUCGCCAUCAUCGACUUCGGAUUCAACUUGGCGCACGAAGACUUGAUAGACAGUUGGUGGCGAAAUGCCAUUUUUGAAUUUCCAGAAUAUUCCGAAUGGCCAGAUAAUUGUUUUGACGGAAUUGACAAUGACAACAACGGGUACAUCGACGACUGCAUGGGAUACGACUUUUCCGACCGCAGCGGAAGCCCCGACAGCUUCUUGGGGCAACACGGAACUGCUGUGGCCAGCACUUGCUGCGCCUCGACAAACAACCAAAAGGGAGUGGCCUCUUUGGGGUGGAACUUGAGGCCCAUGGCUUUGAAGAUCGAC